AUGCACUUUUCUUUAAGAGAUAAGAAAUCAUCAUAUUUCAAGAACAUGUUAAAAUCCCAGGAGACUCAAAGUGCCACAUUCGUAAAACACUUCACGUUUCUCAGAGCUUUAGAAGCUAGUUACCUCGUUGCCGAGCUCAUAUCCAAAAACCGUAAGAAUCACACUAUUGGAGAAAAAUUGAUAUUACCCGCCUGCAAAAUUAUUGUUAGUAAAAUUCUUGGGGAGGAAGCAACCAAACAGAUUGAUAAUAUUCCAUUAUCGAACAGUACUAUUAGUCGCCGUCUACAAGACAUAUCUGAGAAUAUUGAAAAAUUUGUUAAUGGAAAACUAAUUCAUAGCAAUUUUUCUAUUCAGGUGGACGAAUCAACAGAUUUUUGUUCAGAAUCUCAUGUUAUUGUAUUUGUUCGAUUUGUAAAUGAUAAUGCGAUUGAGGAACACUUCUUAGGCUGCAAACAAAUAAACUGUACGACCAAAGGAGAAGAUAUAUUCAAUCUUGUAUCUACAUAUUUCGAGCAGAAUAAUAUAUCAUGGAAAAAUUGUGUUGGGAUUUGCACAGAUGGUGCUCCCUCAAUGGUUGGAUCUAGGAUUUGUCGCUUUUGCAAAACAGGAAAAUGA